AUGUAUUCUGUAGAAAGCAGGUCAAACGGUGUCACUAGAUACCCUCCUCUAGAACAUUUCGAGCACUACGACCACGGCAAAGAUGCCGAUCCCAACUUUCCUGACCUAUUCCCCAAAGGCCAGGCCGAAGUAGAUGAAACCACCCCCUUCAUCGGCUCCGAGGUCCACGGCGUACAAUUGGGCAAGCUUUCCAAGGCUGGGAAGGACCAACUCGCUCUCUAUGUUGCUCAACAACGAGUCGUCGCCUUCCGCGACCAAGACUUCGCCUCCCUCCCCAUCCAAGAAGCCGUCGACUAUGCCGGCUACUUCGGCCGUCACCACAUCCAUCAGACGUCCGGCGCCCCGAAAGGCUUCCCCGAGAUCCACCUCGUUUUCCGCGGCGCAGACGACCGCACCGGCGCAAAGUUCCUCGAACAGCGCACAAACACCAUUACUUGGCACUCAGAUGUCACUUUCGAGAAGCAGCCUCCUGGCACGACCUUCCUCUAUGCUCUCGACGGGCCGUCCACCGGCGGAACAGCCUGUUCGGCAUACAAGCGCCUAUCGCCCGAAUUCCGCAAACGCCUGCACGGGCUGAAGGCUGUGCACUCCGGUAUCGAGCAGGUCAAUGCGAGCUUGAACGGCGGUGGCAUUGUGCGUCGUGAUCCCAUCACGUCCGAACAUCCCAUUGUCCGCACUCACCCCGUGACGGGCGAGAAGGCUGUCUAUGUGAACCUGCAAUUCACCCGCUACAUCGUCGGAUACAAGAAAGAGGAGUCGGACUUUCUGCUCAAGUUCUUGUUUGAUCAUAUUGCCUUGUCGCAGGAUCUUCAGACACGUAUCCGCUGGAAGGCUGGUACCGUGGUUGUUUGGGAUAAUCGUCUGGCUUGUCACUCCGCGGUAUUUGAUUGGGAGGAUGGACAAAGACGCCACAUUGCGAGAAUUACGCCUCAGGCUGAGCCUCCGUUUGAGACCCCGUUCGAGGGGUAG